AUGCAUGAAUCUCCAGGGCAGCUUGCUAGGAAGUACAGCUCCUGCUCAAUGAUAUUUCUAGAUGACAGCACACUCAGCAAGCCUACUCAUAGGAAAAUGGUACAGUGUGUGAACAUAGCUGUAUACUACCUCAUAAAGAACAGAGAAGCAAACAGAAGCCGGGAUAUUUUUGGUGAGCACCUACUCAUAAGAGAAAAGCUUCCAGAGGAAUACUUUGAGCAUGAUUCUAAAUACAUGCGUAUUUACAGAUUUAUUGCUAGCUUUUAUAAUGCUGCUCAGUUACCAGCUGAAUGUGCAAUAAUAACCUUGGUCUUCUUAGAAAGGCUUUUGUCAUAUGAUGAGAUUGACAUCUGUCCUACUAAAUGCAGAAGGACUGUCCUGGGAGCCAUUCUUCUUGCCGGCAAGGAAUGGGAUGAGGAGACUCCAUGGAAUAUGGAGUUCUGCCGGAUCUUCAAGGAUGUUACCCUUGAGGACAUAAACAAGGUGCCAGGCAUUACCUGGCCCUGCUUAAGUUUAGUUAAUGUGCCUAUCACUGCUUAUGCCAAAUACUACUUUGACCUUUGCUCUUUAGCAUAUGACAGUGGCAUGUGUUGUGUGACUGUGCCUCUGACCAAAGGAAGAGUACAAGACCUAGAGUCACGUCAGGAUUGUGUGAAGACAAAGACUUGUGCAGAGCAACUGUGA